GGGUCGGGUCAGGUUCUCUUUUCGGUGUUCAAACAGUAGAGAGUGCAUAAAAAGUUGAGAGUUCCCUAAACAUUGAAGAUGGCCGAAUCCGACAGCAAAAAAGUCAGAACUGUGGUGCUCCCUAUAGACAAUAGUGAACACAGCGAAAGAGCCUUCCAUUGGUAUCUAAGUAUUGGGAGCAGACCUGAUGACAAAGUGGUUCUAGCUUACUUUUUUGUGCCACCCCCAUUACCUGCAAUGUCGUUAUAUCAUGCUGCUGUCAAAGCCACAGACGAGUACCACGAAUCAUUGCAACACCAUCUAGAUAAUGCAAAGAAGUUGAUGAAGAAGUUUGAAGAAAAAUGUGAAAAAGCUGGGGUGAAGUAUGAAACUCAUCUUGAAUCAUGCCAGGACAGCAUUGGAGCUGACAUUAUCAAGGUAUCAAAGCAUGUUAAUGCAGACUUUAUUGUCAUUGGGUCCAGAGGUCUUAGCCAAGUGCGCAGGACAAUUCUUGGCAGUGUCAGCGAAUAUGUUGUACACCAUAGUAGGAUUCCAGUCAUAAUUGUUCCACCAGAGCAACCUAUCAACCCUUUCUAAAGACAAAUAUUUCUGUAUCAUCAGCUGAAAGUUGGCUUUUCUAGAACAAAAUUUGAACAAGUGUGGAUUGUAAAAGUUUUUAAUUGUAAUGUUUCUCUCUUCUUAAUUUACUCUUAGUGUGUAUUAAAAUCUUUUUAUAUUAAAUUUCUAACAUGCAAUAACUCCUCUUUGGUAAUGAAAGAUAUAAUUUUUUGUAAACAAACCGAGGACAGCUCACCUACAUAGGUAGUCGCAACACCCUUGACUUGUCAUCUAAGUUGGUACCUUUGCAACUUAACUAUAAUAUUCUAAAAUUAUUUUUAAAAUCAAACAAAUCAUACCAAGGCUUGUUGAAUUAAUAGAACUUACAACCACCCAUAGCAAAUAAUAUCUUAGCAACAGUGUGUAAUAUAAAAAAGGAAAAUCAUCCUUUGCGUAAAUGUGAACUGUUGAAUUAUCAUACUAACAACCUCUUUGUCCGGCACUGCAAGAUUUGUACCCCAGGCAGGUUUAUCUACUGUAGCUUCAGUACAGACAUUAAGCCAAAAAUGGGCUCCCUAUUCUGUUUUCUUUCAAAAAGGUUUAUCACAUAUGAUACUCAUUAACAAUUAUGUUUACUGGUGUAAUUUUAGUCUUGCUUCAUAAUGAAAUUUUAGCUUUAAUAUAAAUUUUUUUGCUUGAUAUUGUCUUAUCAAAAUUUUAUUCUACACAUGA